CGCUAUCUCAUAUCUCCAGUUUCCAAGCUAUCGCUCCUAGCGCGGAAUGCGCGAGUAUAAGAAAGAGCUUUGGAAGCUGAGGCCCAUGUAGAAACAGCACCAGGAACAGCACUUUUCUUCUUCAUCUUCUUUCUCUUCUUUCUCUCCAGCUUCCUCUCAUCUUGCACUACUUCACUAUGGCAUCCAGAGCAUUCACCGGCAAGUUCGCCAGAUUCAUGAAUUCGGAAACAGGCCCCAAAACAAUUCAUUUCUGGGCACCAACAUUGAAAUGGGCACUCGUCAUUGCUGGUAUCAGCGAUAUCAAGAGGCCUGUUGACUCCCUUUCUGGAACCCAACAGUUUGCUCUACUCUGCACCGGUGCUAUCUGGACUAGAUGGUCCCUUAUUAUAAAGCCCAAGAACUAUCUUUUGGCUUCUGUCAACUUCUUCCUUGGAUCAGUCGCAGGAAUUCAAAUUGGUAGAAUUGUUUACUGGAGAAAUUCCCAAGGGGAUUCAAUUGGUGAAAUUGCUCAAUAUAUUGCAAAUGGUAAGGCUAAAGAAACCAAAGAGGUUGCACCAGCUCCGGUUAUUGCUAAAAUAAUUGAAAAGGCAUAGAUCAAGAAUUGC